AGGUGUGUGUGGUGGUGACGACCUGCCUGUUAGGCCUGGCUGUGGUGGCGGGCCAGGACGCCGAAGGGUCCGGGAAGGACACCAAGGGUCUCGCAGCAGCAGGAGGGAUGCAGAGGAUUGAGGGAGAUAAGAGGCAGGAGAGACUGCUCUUCGCCUACUCCACCACCACUUCCAUCAAGCGCCUCGCCACCACCACCCUCACCGCCAUCUCCACCUGCCUCUCUACAUCGCUUAAUGCUCCGGCAUGUCAGGGGCGCAGGAAAAAGUCGCUCACUAUUAGUCUUGAAAAUCUGAAGAACUUGUCGGAGGACAUGGCACUGGACCUGCUACCCAGCCGGGCGGAGGUGGAGGAGGUGGACCAGCCGGCCGGCCGGCUAGUGUCGGAUCGAAAGGGCCGGAAAUUCACCAUCUGGUCGUCAUAUAUCAGCACCUUGACCCUCACUUCCACCUCCUACCUUACCGGCACCACCAUCACCGCCACAGCCUACUGCAUCGCCCCGGGCGUCAGCCAGGGAUGCUUCGGCAAGUAGGCCUAUAGACAGUGCCCCCACACUAGCACUCGGGCCUACCUACUAUAGGCUUUCGCUAUGCAAUACAACGACAAAGGAAUUUAAUUGAUCUGUCAUGUAUUUAGACGUCAUUGUUCUGUAAUAUUUGUUUGGACUCAA